AGAUUUCCUAGCUGAUGCACUGGGGUGGCCGGUGGGGAGCGUCCGGGUCCCUCAGCAGAGAAGGAAAGCGAAGCCAGCAUGCCCAGCCUUCCUGUUCUGCUAGUGCUGGUCUGGGUCGUGGGGUCCCACGGCUUCCCUGCAGCGACCGCAGGAACGCGAGAGCAGGACGUGGAGAUGGUCCAGAAAUACCUGGAAAACUAUUACAACCUGAAGAGUGAUGGGAAGCAAAUCGUAAGGCAGAGGAAGAGCAGUUUGAUGACUGAGAAGCUGAAGGAAAUGCAGGAAUUCUUUGGGCUGAAGGUGACCGGGAAGAUAGAUGCUGACACCCUGAAUCUGAUGAGGCAGCCCAGAUGUGGGGUGCCCGACGUGGCUCAGUACGUCCUCACUGAUAGGACCCUCCGAUGGGAGCACACACACCUGACCUACAGGAUUGAAAAUUACACACCAGAUUUGCCAAGAGCAGACGUGGACAGUGCCAUUGAGCAAGCCUUUCAACUCUGGAGUAAUGUCUCGCCCCUGACCUUCACCAAGGUCUUACGGGGGCAAGCGGACAUUAUGAUAUCCUUUGUCAGGGGAGAUCACUACGACAAUUCUCCCUUUGAUGGACCCGACAGAAACCUCGCUCAUGCUUUCCCACCAGGCCCAAAUCUUGGAGGGGAUGCUCAUUUUGAUGAAGAUGAAACAUGGACCAACAAUUACAGAAAUUACAACCUGUAUCGUGUGGCGGCUCAUGAGUUGGGUCAUUCCCUUGGACUUUCUCAUUCUACUGAUAUUGGGGCUCUGAUGUACCCCAACUACAUGUACGAUGGUCAUGUCCAACUAUCCCAGGAUGACAUCAAUGCCAUCCAGGCCAUAUAUGGACCUUCCCCAAAUCCUGUCCAGCCAACAGGCCCCCAAACACCACAAGUGUGUGAUAGUAAAUUAAUCUUUGAUUCUAUCACUACAUUUCGGGGAGAAGUGAUGUUCUUUAAAGAUAGGUUCUACAUGCGCCCAAAUCCCUUCUACCCAGAAGUUGAGCUCAAUUUCAUUUCUACUUUCUGGCCAAACCUGCCAAGUGGACUUCAGGCUGCUUAUGAAUUUGCUGAGAGAGACGAAGUCCGGUUUUUCAAAGGUGACAAGUACUGGGCUGUUCAGGGGCAGGAAAUGCUGUACGGAUACCCCAAGGACAUCUACAGAUCCUUUGGCUUCCCUGAAACUGUGAAGAACAUUGAUGCUGCAGUUUCUGAUGAGGAAACUGGGAAAACAUACUUCUUUGUUGCUAACAAGUACUGGAGGUAUGAUGAAUAUAAACAAUCCAUGGAUGCAGGUUAUCCCAGAAUGAUAGCAGCUGACUUUCCUGGGAUUGGCCAUAAAGUUGAUGCUGCUUUCCAGAAAUAUGGAUUUUUCUAUAUCAUUCAUGGAACAAUGCAAUACAAAUUUGAUCUUCAAACUAAGAGAAUUCUGAGUAUUGACAGAGCUAAUAGCUGGUUCAGCUGCUGAAGGAAUUGACAACUGUUGCAACAGAAAAAUACAUUUCAAGAGCCCAAGGACAGUGUCUUCCUGAAGAGCCAUUUGUUUAAAUAAAAUACAGGGCUCUCAAGUGUCACCAUACUUAUACCUCAUUCCGCACCUAUUUUUUGUGCUUGAGAAUGCAAUGUGUUAUAUAUUGUUGUAAUUUAGUUCCACAGCUGAGGGCUAAGAAAGGUCAGGCUCAUGGCUUGUGGAUUCAAAUGGGCCAGUUUUGCAAGGAAAAAAAGCUUUUCCAAAGUAUGAGACCCUGACGUUGAUCCUGGAGUGCAGCUCUUCAAGAGAGGAGACCAGAGAUCCGAGCCUUCACCAAAGCAAAAACAGUUCACAAACAUAUAAGCAGCCACUAGACCGUCCUAAUAUGCAAGGAACAACUUUUAUUACAGAAAAUAAAGUGCUGGUGUUUCAA